UUUGGUGGAGAGGUGUUCCAUGAUAGUCAGGGAUAUUGAUUUAUUUACAUUAGCUAUGUUCAUUUUGAUAGCAUUAAGCUACAUGCGCCAAAUAUGACAGGCCGUGAAAGGUGAUCGCUCGUUUUGUCUCUAUGGACAACGGAACACUAUAUUUCGUAGCGGUGUUUGCUGUCGUCAGCUGAAACUGUUAGCAUUGACAUGCUAGCUGAAGCUAGUUAGCUGGCUAACAGUAAGUCGCUAACGUUAAACAGACAGAAAUAUGCUUGUUUAUGUAGCCAACACUGACGUUGAACGGAUUAUCAAUGAUUAAGACACUUAUUUUAGCAUCCAAUCAGCCAUUUACUGUUUAGGACGACGAUUCCAAUUAGCUAACAUUUUGUUAGCUAAGCUAGGAGGAUGAAGAACCGCCAUGGAUAUGUUUUGUUGCUGGCCAGUGGGAUUUUUCUGUCGGCAUUCUGUCUGUCUGAAGGUGCCCCUCUACUGUAUCCUCACAAAUCAGGUGGAAGCACAGGAGACACCUUGUCUGUGUCUCUCUGCCUUUCUCUGGUGGUGUCGCUGACGGCGCUUGUGGCCUUGGUGGUGUUACUAGUGAACUGUGUGACCUGCUGCAAGGAGAGGGAGAUCAACUUCAAGGAGUUUGAGGACCACUUUGAUGAUGAGAUUGACUUCACUCCACCGGCAGAGGACACACCCUCUAUGCAGUCCCCAGCUGAGGUGUACACCCUCGCCGUGUCCCCUGUGGCCCUGCCUGGACCCCCACAUCUCCAACCCCCUGCCCGCAUCACAGAUGGAUCCACCGGCUUCCAGGUAGCACGUCACAGCUUGAGUUACAUCCAAGAAAUUGGCAAUGGCUGGUUUGGCCAGGUCCUUCUGAGUGAAAUCUACACAGAUCCAGGUGGAGCCAGAGUGGUGGUGAAGGAGUUGAAAGCUAAUUCAAGUGCCAAGGAGCAGAAUGAUUUCCUACAGCAAGGGGAUCCAUACAGAGUGCUGCAGCACCCAAACAUCCUCCAGUGCCUGGGACAAUGUGUUGAGGCUAUUCCCUUCUUGCUCGUCUUUGAGUACUGUGAAAUGGGAGAUUUGCGGGGCUAUCUGUCUCAGCAGGAUUGGAUGUUCAGAAACGCUGAGUUGCUGCAGCUGCAGAGGAUGGCCUGUGAAAUCGCCGCUGGUGUCACUCACCUUCACAAACAUAACUUCCUGCACAGUGAUUUGGCUCUGAGGAACUGCUACCUGACCGCAGAUCUUACAGUCAAAGUAGGAGACUAUGGAAUCGGACCCUACAGAUACAAAGAGGAUUACAUCAUCACAGAGGAUGAUGUGUUUGCACCCCUUCGCUGGUUGGCUCCUGAGCUGGUGGGUGAGCGCCAUGGGGGUGUGAUCACUGUGGAGCAGACCAAGCCCAGCAAUGUGUGGGCCUUGGGGGUCACAUUAUGGGAGCUCUUUGAGAAUGCUGCCCAGCCAUACCCACAUCUGUCGGACCGGGAGGUUCUCAAUCACGUGAUUAAGGAUCAACAAGUCAAACUCUUUAAACCACAGCUGGAGCUUCCUUAUUCUGACAGAUGGUACGAGGUCCUGCAGUUCUGCUGGCUGUCUCCAGACAAGCGAGCCACAGCAGAGGAAGUGCACCGUUUGCUUAUCUACCUGCGCAUGCAAGGCCAGAAGGACAUCGAAGAAGAUUUUGAACAACGCUGGGACGCUCUCAAACCUAAUCCUUCCACACGACAGACAACUGUUAGCCAUUCCUCGUUCCCAAUCUUGGAACAGUUUGCUGAUGAUGCCCUGCGACAAGAGAUCGAUGAAGUUCUUACGGUUACUGAAACAAGCAAAGGCCUCAGCUUUGAAUAUGUUUGGGAGGCAGCCAAGCACGACCACUAUGAUGGCAACCAUGGGCGUUCAGGCAUUGACACAACGUUGAACUAUCACAGCAUGUUCUUUCCCGUUUCCAGUGAAGACAUCCAGGCCCAUUUCCCUGAUCCUGUAGCCAGAGCGCCAGGUAAAGAAAGCGAUAACACUCCUUCAGGAAUUCCUGGGAUUGUACCGGUGUUUGAUGCACAAAAGCCAUCUAAUGGAAAUGAAUAUUACAUACAACUAGAAGAACAAGGGGAGAGCACCAUUGGGGAAGAUGGGAACAGAGGGCAAGACAUGGACUUCACUUCAGGGCAGCAAGACUUUGUUGUUCUCCAAGAUGUCCGUUUGGAUGAGUCUAGUACUGAUGCUGAGUUUUUCCAUCAAAGUAUUGACUCCAAGGACUCCUAUUUACCAGACAGCCACAUCUGGUCAUCUCUUGAAAAUGACAGUCCUUACCACACCAAUAUUUUUACUGAUGGAGGUUCCAAGCAAGAGGACUCUCCCUCCUGGAGAACAAGUUUUAUGGAGCUUCCAGAGCGCAAUGGGAACCCUUUCCAUGAAUGUGCACCAUCAGAAGUCCAAGAGGUGGAUACAGAUAAAAGCUAUGGGGAUUCUUUUUUAGGGGAUUGUUCAGAAGCCCCUCACCUGGCAGAUUCUGUGGAAGUGGAGGGAGAGAACACAGAUGUGAAGAGGCUUCUGAACACUGAAAAACUAGUUGACAACUUCAAGUUCCUCAAAGAGCAGAGCCUGCUGAAAGGUGGCUCAAGUUUCUCAAGUCCACAGGAGAAUUUUCUUUUACCUGGCUUAGCCCAUGAACCAGAAGACACAUUCAAAAUGAAUUCUUGGGACAACCUUGAGACUUUAGGCAGCUUAACCACAGCGGACACUUAUUUAAAACCUGCAGCAAGUAGCACAUCCUCAAGACAGGAACUUUUAGACUCUCCAAGUGCUAGUUUGGGGGAGUUAAGUCAGUCUCUGGUAGAAAAUGAGACACUGGUGCCUUUCAUUACAGUGGUCACAGAAGAUGACACAAGCAACCAGCUGCCAGUUAGAAAUAGUUCUUCCACCGAAGACCUUGGUCUGCUGCAAUCCUCAGACAGAGGUAUAGACUCUGGUUUUGAUUCUACCUCAGAGAGGUUUGAGAUUAUCAUCAGUCAAACUGAUGGCCACACCACUGCUUUCUCUGAAAGUGCCACUACAGACUUAUCGUGCACAGAUGCCAAAAUUCCCAGCCUUGAAGACGACCUUGGAACCUCAAAGGAUAGUGUUCAGCCUAUAGAAGGUAAAAUGCCUGAAAACCUGCAAGUCCAAGCCCCGUCCUCAGACAAUGGACACAGUGAAGACCUAACGAGUAACGAUCUGUUGAGUGAACUAAUUGAGGAUGCAGAUAUCGAACUGGAAACCACUUUGUCUGACCAUGAAGAAUCCUUUAUGGACACCCAUGGGCGUCCUCUUGUGAGAUCUUCUCUGUUGGUCUCUGGACCAUCUUUGGACCAGAUCAGCCAGGACAGUUUACUGGAAGACAGUAUGUCCACCACUCUACCAACUGUAGAUAAUUCAGCCGAGACACCAGACUCUUUAGACUCUCUGGACAUCAACAGGCUAGGUGAACAAGGAGAAGAACUAAGUGCGCAAAUAGCCCAACACAAACUCCAGCCUCCAUACAAAAUAUCAGACAGCGGGUAUGAGACGGAGAACCUGGAGUCUCCUGAGUGGAACUCGCAGCCUAAUGUCAAAGACCAGUCCCCUGUUAAAAAUGACUUUAGUGUUGCCAAAGAAGAGGAAGAGACAGACGAGCCCACAGCUGCAACAAAUCUGGUUCCACCAGAAAUCGUCAUCUCUGAGGUAGAGGGUGUGCUGGAUGCUCAGAGCGAGGAUCCCAGUGAGGGGCAGCAACCAGAGCAUGUAGCCCAUGCUGAGGAGCCACUCAUGGGCAGUAACUACAGAGACUCUGCCUACUUCUCAGACAAUGAAUCAGAACCUGAGAAGAAGUCUGAAGAAACAUUUGCGGGAGGUUCUGGUGAAGUCUCGUGGCUGAGGAACUCUACAGACGCAGUCAGCAGGGUUGCUGGUGGUCCGGCGCUGGAGGUUCAUGUGGAGAGAGAUGUAGAUUCUUUAUUUUCUCAGUCAGAAGCAUCUGUAGCUGCUGAAGCACAGGCCGAUGGAGAAACACCUGAUCCUCAUGUUUCAGGCAUAUUACCACAAGAAGAUUUCACAGAGAAAUGUGAGAAGGAGGCGACAGAGUCUACCAACAGUCAUAAUGAAGAUGAACACAACCUGGAGGCAUUGAAGGACGUCACAUCUCCUAAUCAACCAGAUCCAUUAGAGGAUGUAGAAACCUCAACCCCUCUUCCUUCUGCUAUUCCUUCAAAGCCACUGCCAGAGAGCGCGGGUCACGCGAAACUAACCAGGACAUACGCGAGUGAUGGCCAUAAAAUAAAAGAGCCAGACAUGGAGGGGCGUUACCUGGGCAGGCGGGAUGGCUCAGGUCUAGAUGGACAGGAGGACGGCGUAGAUGCAGACGAGGAGGACGAGAACAGCGAUGAUUCUGAUGAUGACAUCCGAGCAUACCAGCUGCACAGCUCCAGCUCAGAAAGUGAGGAUGACACCGUGCAUACCGUACCACUUAUUGUCUCAGAUGACAGCAGCGCAAAGAACCUGAAGAGCUUGUUGAAACCCACCACCCUGAACAUCCAGACAUCAUCCUCCCCAUUUCCUGCGAGGAGCAGUGCAGAUAGCUCCAGAAGAGCUGUGUCUUUCUUCGACGAUGUCACUGUCUUCCUGUUUGACCAGGAGACCCCCACCAAGGAACUGGGUGACCACUCCUCAGGGUCCAACAGCCAGGCCCCAGAGCUCAGCAGCCCGGGCCCCACUGCCAGCUACCUGAACCGGUUCACCAACUCUGAAAGCUCCACAGAUGAAGAAGGUGGUGGUUUUGAGUGGGACGAUGACUUCUCCUCCCCAGGGCCUGCCUUCCUGCCGAAGAUGGAUAGAGACCCCAUAUCGAAAGCUGUGUCCUCAUCUGCAGCGUCUCGCUUUUCCUCUCCACCUCCUGCAGUGGGGCGCACGCUGGAGCCCAGCUGGACCAGCACCUCAAACUACUCCCGUUUCUCCAUCUCACCGGCCAGCAUCGCCAGCUUCUCCCUCACGCAUCUCACCGACUCCGACAUCGAACAAGGAGGAAGCAGUGAAGAUGGAGAAAAGGACUAGUGUGAUAAAUGAAGGCACCGUUCAUCAUCACACUACUGAACAAUGAACCUAUACUCGCACUUUUUGGGCAUGGAGAACUGCUGAAUAAGGACAGAUGACGCGGCUUGUGGGGCAAACCGCGGAUGCUUCUCUCAGGCAGAACUGUUCUUUACCUACACGGAGAUGGCCGUGAGAACAAUGGCUGCAAACUGACUCUCAGCAAACAGACAGACAAGGUUUGAGCCACAUCACCUCUCCAGCUACAUCAGUGUGUGUGAUUUCAGUUCAGUGCAAUUCCACUUGGGAAGAAAAACAAAAAAAAGUUUCUAAAUGUUUGCUUUAAAAGACUCAUCAAGCACAUUCCAGGUGUUUGGCUGCUUCUUUUUGUUGUGCGUCGAAGUGCACUCCUUUUCCAGGACUUUUGCAUCACCAAAAAAAAGAAAAAGAAAAGAAAAAAGAAGACUGUUUAGGUUCUGAAUUCAACACACUGGGCUGGCAAACUUACCACUACAGCCAAAUAGGAAUAAGCUCUUUGAUUUCAGCAGACCUAAAACUGAAGAUCCAAGCUUUUUUUCUCUAACAUUGAUUCAUUUCUCGUUCAUGUUGUGCGAUUAUUUCAGUGGUUGCCUUUUUUUUUUUUUUUUUGGAAGAGUGAUUUUUUUUGUUGUUGUUUUUUUUUUUUUCCAUAGCCUCUUGUUGGGUGUUCAUCAGAGUCUCCUGAUUGGAGAGAAACUAUGUGUGGUAUCCUUCUGUAGCAGCAUUUGAAUAAGAAGGGUUGAAAUUUAGGAAGAGCCAUCCAUACGUAGGAUGAUUGACUACCUUAACUGAAAAUCCCUCAUCAGGGAGGUGACACACUGAGUUCCUUUAUUUAUGUUUGAAAGGAACAGAUACAGUGAGUAGUUUCAUAUUUUUGAGACAUCUCAGUAAGAAUGGUUGGUGUUAUUAGACAAGGAUUGUCCUGUGAAUUUGUACAGAGGUGAUCCAGCUGGAACACAGCUUACAGCAUUUUGUAAUGCUUCGUUUUAAGCUCUGAAAAUGUGCAGGAAGUUGCUUGGAUGGUUUUGUCCCAAUUACUCGUCACUGGGUUUUUAUCACAGUGCCUGUGAUGCUGUAAAAAACAAAACAAAACCCUUCUGCAGUCCUGCGUUUACUAUCACUACAAAAUUCAAAAUCACACGUUCGGUGAGAUUGUGUAAAAAGUGGGAGAUUUUAUUUUUAAAUGUCAGAAUGAAGAAGUGUAAUGAGCUGUUUGUAAACAAAUGUGCAAUGAGUUUGGUUAAUUAGCUAAAAUUUGUUCAUAGGAAGACCUGGUGAGCGUGGCGGCGGCGUUUCUUUGGUGCAGGGACUUGAAUCUUCACUACUAGAACAAAAAGAAAGAAAACUGCUGCUUUUAUCAACUUCAGUGUGAUGAACAAAGUUGUCUGCCUUUUUUAUUAUUAUUAUUUUUUUUUUUUACUUUGUGUCAAACUUAAUUAACCUGUUCUGAUGGCAUUUUCCUCCUUACGGAUCCCUUGUCCAGUUGCAAUUUUGAGCAUUUCAUUAUUGUGUCUUGUCAUGUGCAGGCCAUACAUCGUCUCUGUGGCUGUACACGGUUGGUUGGGGACGUGUUCGUCAUGAUCAGUUUCUGUAUAAAGCAUAAUGCAAACAGUUAUGGAGCGAGAUAUGCUCUUCCUCCACCCCAAGGUUUAUAUGUACAGCUAUAAAAACACUGUUCUUUGAAACUGUUGCUUAUACAGUUACUGUAUGGUUCUUUCUUUUUAAAGACUCAAACACCUAAAGGGUUUGUCACAGACAUGAUGAACAGCUAUACUUCACCUGUAGUAGAUAAUGUCCAUCUCCCCCGCCCGUACAGGAGUCACUGUACAGUAUCUUAGACAAUGUUAACCUCUGUUAAAAACCAGCAGCCUGUGCUUCAGUUAAACUUGAACAUUUAUUUAAGGAAAUCUUGUUUUAUUUGACUACAGUAUACAUUUGCUUAAUCUUGCACAUUUGAGAAAUGUAACUUAAUGUUGAACUGUACUGAUGUAUGUAAAUGUUAAUUUUUUUUUCUGUCUGUAAAUGGGAAAUGAUGUAACUGAGUUAUAGGUAUGAGGUUUCAUUUUGUAACUUAAAGCUGAGUUGAUCAGAGGAACAUAUCACACUCGUCGGCUAAAAGCAGUUAAAUUAAGACACAAAAGCAGAUGUGAAAUCAUUCUGUCCUUUAAACUUGUAGAUUUUAAAAAUAUUUUUACUUCAUAUUUAUCAUGCUUAGUGUAAUUGAAUGAAAUGUUUAUAAUUACACUGUUUAAUAUGAAAAUAAAUGCAAAUGAACUUCUA